UUGGUCCAUCCGCCCAACAGGCGGCGCUGCAGCUUCAUAUAAAUGCACCCUGGAAGAGAUGGACGAGCAUAGCAAACAAGUGUACAUGUGAGAUAAAGUGGCGUUGUGUUGUUCGAAAGUGUAAAGAUGCGCAUUGUCUGUCUAAAUUGCAACAGCUGGGUUCACUGAUGCAGGAAAGGUUUGAACUACAGACUGAUUAGGAUCAUUACAAGUCAGCAUGUCUCAUCGAGGACCUUUAACCGCUGUCGUAACGGCAGUAAUAGGGGCAACCUUGGGAGGGCUGCUCAUAUGGCGGGUGUAUCGAACAAAAAGGAAAAGGUUACCUUCCAUCCAGAAGGUCGCAGAUUCCUUGCACAAUCUUGAGGAAAAGGCCACAGAGGUCACAGCUGUGGAGUGUACAUGCAUACAGCCGCCACAUGUUGUAAAGGAUGAAUUUCAGACUGUACAGUGCCAGACCACACUUCCUGCACGGAUCCCGUCUUCUGAUCACCUGCUGGGAAUCAAACCAGUGAUUGUGACCUCUGAAGAAGAGUGGCAGCAGUUGUGGCCAAUAAUGCAAAAAGAACUGUCAGUGUUCCCUGUGCUGGGAUUUGACUGUGAAUGGGUAAAGACCUCCGCCGUGUCUGCUAAAGGCAAAGCUGCUGUGGUCUCCUUGCUACAGAUGGCCUCGUACUCGGGUCUGUGCAUCCUGGUGAGGCUGUUGCCGUUUCGCAGCAGUCAGCAGCCUUUCCCGCACAGCUUAAUGGAAGUUCUCAGAAACCCACACAUUCUGAAAGUGGGAGUUGGUUGCUACGAAGAUGGCAAGCGGCUGACACGUGACUACGGCUUGUCGCUGACGUGUACGGUUGACCUGCGUCACCUUGCCCUGCGACAAAAGCAAACUUCAGUAAGUAACGGCCUCAGUUUGAAGUCACUGGCAGCAGAUGUGUUGAAAAUCUAUCUAGACAAAUCUCCAGAGGUGCGUUGCAGCGAUUGGGAAGCAGAUCAGUUGACACAGGAGCAGAUGACUUAUGCUGCUAGAGAUGCCCAGGUUUCCAUUGCUCUCUUCCUCCAUCUCCUCGGCUUUCAGUCUGAAGCCAGUCCCGCCUCUUCCAGUGGGAGCUCUUACUCUGAGCUGGCCUCCCGCUGCCAGGGUCUGGUCGAUGUGCCGUUCAAGGGCCAAGGAGAUAGAGAUGACAGGGCUGGUGAUGGAGACAGGAAGAGGAGGGCCAGGUCGUUAGGCUGUGAAAACCCAGAGUCUGGAGAUCAGCAAGUCUCAGACCCUCGAAGGAAUCACAAGAGGAAAUCGCUGGGUGCCGGGUAUUCCGCCAGGAAAUCUCCCCUCUAUGAUAACUGUUUCCUCCAUGCACCAGAUGGCCAACCCCUGUGUACCUGUGACAAGAAAAAAGCCAAAUGGUACCUUGAUAAAGGAAUAGGAGUGCUCGAGAGUGAAGAGCCUUUUAUUGUGAGGCUGCUGUUUGAGCCGUCGGGACGUCCUGACUCGCAGCAGGAUUACUACCUGACUGCCAAGGAGAAUCUCUGUGUGGUCUGUGGAAAAGCAGAUUCUUACAUCAGGAAAAAUAUUGUGCCGCAUGAGUACAGACGGCAUUUUCCCACAGAGAUGAAGGACCACAACUCCCAUGACAUCCUGCUGCUCUGCACCAGCUGCCACGCUGCCUCCAAUGUACACGACAGCUUCCUGAAACAGCAGCUGGCUGAAGAGUUUUCUGCCCCUCAGGGCUGCGAGGAGGGAGUUCGGAUCUUUGAGGAUUCUGAUCGACGGAAAGUACGCUCGGCGGCUCGGGCUCUGCUCACUGCCGGGGAAGGACUCCCCGAACAACGGCGAGAGGAGCUGCAGGCUUUAAUCAAGAGUUUCUUGAAUUUGAAUGACGAAGAGGAGGUGACGGAGGAGGCGCUGCAGCAAGCAGCCAAUUUGGAGACGAAGAUUUUAAACGAGGCGUACGUGCCUCACGGUCUGAAGGUGGUGCAAGCGCACGCUGAGGAAGGCCUGCGGGGACUGAUGGUCCUGGAGCGUCGCUGGAGGCAGCAUUUCCUCACCACCAUGCAGCCUCGCCACCUCCCUCCUCUGUGGUGCAUCGAUCACAAUCACAGCAAGUUACUUCGCAAAUACGGAGAGGACCUGCCCAUUAAACUCAACUGACUUUCCAUCUCCGAGAAGGGCACGAGCAGCCUCGCACCUGGAUAGGAAACCUGGAUUUUACUCUUUUACUUUGAAACUCGACAGCCACUCCAUCAGUUUCUCCAUCCUGCUUUUGCUUUAUUUUAGUGAGCGCGUGAACGCACUAAUUGAGCAGCAGGGAUGGAAAUGUUAUAGUCUGUGGCUGCUGUCAGGACCCCACUGGGCAAAGAACAUUACUUCUUUUUUUUUGAGGAUGAUGCCAGUGAGAGUAACUGACCUACCUACCUGUGGAGAGAAAUCUAGGUAAAACUAACCUUACAAUGUCGUGGACACGUUGUUCGCAUGUGGACUUUUUUAUUUAAAAAAAAAAAAAAGGGAAAAAAAAAAGAUUCAUGUCGAGAUCAUAAAGCUUGAACAGAUUUUUAGAAAAAGCUGCUGCCUGCUAAUUUUUUUUUUUUUUUUUUUUUUUUUUUUUUUUUCCCCCCUCCUACAAUUAUUAAUGACCUCCAGCCCCACCCCCUGUGGGUCAGCAGCUUAUUAUGAAUGAUUUGCUUUGCAGAGAGAUGCUUGUUUUUAUAGGACCUUAAAUUAUUUGGCUCUCCAUCCAGCUUAAGUUUUCAGUCUGUUGUCUGGUUUAGGUCAAUAGAUGAUAACUGAUUUUCCCUGGGAAUGCCAUGAAGAUAAAAUUCAUCUUUGCUCGAUUUCAUUUUUUCAAAGAUGAGUCAGUCGAGGUGUUUCUGGGCCUGAAUGUAUUGCGUCUGUGGUUUUGUACACUUAUCGCAGCAGGGGAGACAAAAUGUAAGUACAGUUGGCAUCUUUCACUUGGUCAUUUAUUUAAACUGCUGCUUAUGUCGUGGUGCCGAUUCUCCAGACAGGUGGGACCUCUCCAUGGCGCGUAUGAACGUGCCUCUUAACCCCUAAACCUGACCGGAGACUGUCGGGACAUGAGCUCGUUUCAGUUUCACAGCGACGUCGUUUCACAGAAUCCAAACUGCACAGUAAAGAAAAGCUGCCAACUCGGACGUGACAAAGAUAAAUUACAAGAUUUAACCCUCUGCAAAGCUUUAGAGUAUAAGAAAUCUACCUUCUGGAAGCAGCUGCAUUGUAUUUAUUCAUGUUUUCCUGUGAAUGAUACAGCAAAUAAGUGAUGUUUAUUAAUCUUAUGAGUUAUUGAACACACCGAUACCCUCCAUCCACUCCCCACCCCCUGAAGCAAGACAUAGCCACAUUCAUUUGUUUAUUUCUUACAAAAUCACAGUUUAAUAAAUAGUCUGUAAAAAUGA